GUUAAGCUCCCGGCCCGUUUUGCUAAACCAGGCGCUAACUCCUCGCCGCCUCCCAUGGUUUUCUCGUCUCGAAUCCCCCAAUCCAUUCCCUCCUCUCCCGUCUCGGCGUCCCGUCGACGAGCGAAAUGAUCCGCACCGUGCCGCGGCGGGGAAGGCGCGACCGGCCGGGCCACUCUUAGGUGGUGAUUCGGCGGCGCGAGCGAACGAGUCUCCAGACGCGGCCGGGCGUGGAGGGGAGGCGGGAUGUCGAAGCUGAAACUGGCCCUCUCGCAGGAUGGGCACGGCGAGCGAAUGGAGUUCAGGUUCUCCGGCCUCCGCGCCGUCAAGGUACCAGUAGUAUCAGAUAGGCUACUCAUUAAAAUUAUUUCAGUGGUCAAUGGAACAACAAUUGCCAAGUCCAGUAAAGCGGCUGCCCUUAAUGGGAUCUGUCAAUGGCCUAAAUCCAUCCUGGUACCAAUGUGGUUUUCUCAAGAUGAAGUGUCGAAAGAAUUUCACGAGCGUCAGUGCAAGAUCGUUGUUUCCAUGGGAUCAUCAAAAACUGCUGUUCUCGGGGAAGUUUUCCUAAAUUUGACUAACUAUCUCAGUUCAUCAGACUCGACGGCUAUCUCGUUGCCGUUGAAGAGGUGCAAUUCUGGCACAGUUUUACAGCUUAAAAUUCGUUGUCUUGGUGCAAGGUCUAAACCAAGUGGGCGAUUAUGGGACGAACUAUCUCUUCGUCUUGAUGACUGUAGUCCAACCGAAGAUGAUAUGGGCAUAAAGUCAGACGGCUCUAACAGUAUGUUGAACAAGAGUGCUCAAUCUUUAUCAGAAAUUCAUUUAGGAAGUGUUUACCAAGAUGAAGCUGGAAAUGGGGAUGCAAGUUUCUCAGCACCAGAGUCUCAUCAAAAUUCUAAUUCUGGAGAUGGCACCACAAACAGAGAAGUUCCGUCUCCUAGGGACAACUCAAAUGAGGGAUCUCUCAUGGGGAGGCAAGACUCUGCUAGUUAUGCCAGCCAUGAUUAUGCAGAUCAUGGUGAUGAUUCAUCCAGAAGUAUCCUCGACACCGCCGAAGAAACAACUGAAGACGGCAAAAAAAUGUUGGAGAGACAUUCUGGCAAUUUUAAAAUCGAAACUGAGACAGUGAAGAAUGAGUGUGCUGACAAACCCAAGCAACAGGCUGAGAUAGCGCUCGAACUUUCUGCUUCAUAUUCUGAACAGGAUUCCUUAAGACAAGAAAUGGAAGAACUGAAAUCAUCUCUGGGGGAGGUAACGGCACAUCAAACUAUCGCAGGAACUCCAAAAUCUGGGGGUGCGAUAGUUCUCCAGAAUGAAGUUAUAGACGAGGUGCAGUUUCUGAAACUAUCAAAUGCAAACUUAACAGCCCAACUGAGCAAAACCCAAGAGGCCAACAUAGAGCUUGUUUCUAUUCUUCAAGAACUGGAGGAAACAAUAGAAAUACAGAGAGUGGAAAUGUCAAAAGUUCCCCACAUGAACGACGUGGUUGAUCAUGAGGUCUCCAAAAGUGAUUUGACAGUUCAAGAAGCUGCAGAAUUGGCUAGAAUGCUGUCACUAAAAGAAGAUGAAAUCACAUUUUUGAGGGAGAAGUUGGAUCGUAUUCUCAAUAUAGAAAAAGUCGAUGGUGCACGUCCUGAUGCAAUUUAUCUUGAAUUGGAAAAGGAGAAUGAUUUUUUGAAGGUCAAAAUACAGGAGCUUGAGAAUGAAUUUUCUGAAUUAACUGAGGAAAAUUUGAAGCUUAUAUACAAGUUGAAAGAAGUAAAUGGGGUAGGAAAAGGAGAGGAUCCCUGCAUUUCUAACAGUGAGGAGAUGUCCAGUGUAGAGAGAUCAACAUCUAAUGUAAAAGACCUGGAGAGAAAAUGUGCUGACCUUGAGCUGAAUCUGCUGAAUUUUAGGACUGAGUUCAAUGGGCUAGAAGAGAAUUUCCAGAAAAGCCAAGAGGAGUUAAAAGAGAGAACACUUGAAUUGUCUGAGAUGAGAGAAAAGCUUUUCCAUGCCACUGAGCUGGAGGGACUGGAAUCGGGUAGUGCAAGACGUGACCAAUUGGGAAGUGGAGAACCUGAUGAUACUGAAACUGACUUAGAUUUGAUGAAGCAUAGUGUUCUGCUGAAAGAACAGGAGAUUGAGGGUUUGCUACAUUCUGCAAAAGAAAUGGAGAACAUCAUUUCUGAUAUCCAGAAGGAGAAGAAUCAGUUGGAGGAGGAACGUUUGGCAGCAUCACUUAAAGAAAGUAGCAUGACUUUAAAAUCCUUGGAUGAGGUGCGAGAAGAUCUCAUUGUGCUUACGAGCAGUUUAGAUUCCCAUGUUUCUGCCAAUAAGGUUCUUGAAAAUAAGAUUAGUGAACUUGAAAGCUCCAAAAUCGGACUAGAGUCGCAUGUAUCAAAGCUGGAAAAUGAGAAUAUUGAGCUGUCAGAGUUCAUAUCUGAACUGGAGGCACAGCUGACUUCUCUGACAAGUGAAAAUGAGUCAACUAAGCUACAAAUGGAUGAUUAUAGAUCACUCAUCAUAAAUCUUAAGGAUGAAGUUGAUCAACAGCAAGCAGAGAUGGGAUCUCAAAAGUUGCAUGUAUCAAAGCUGGAACAUGAGAAUGUUGAGCUGUCAGAGUUCAUAUUUGAAAUGGAGGCACAACUAACUUCUCUGACAAGUGAAAUUGAGUCAACUAAGCUACAAAUGGAUGAUUCUAGAUCACUUAUCACAAAUCUUAAGGAUAAAGUAGAACAACAGCAAGCAGAGAUGGAAGCUCAAAAGUUGCAUGUCUCAAAGUUGGAAGAUGAGAAUAUUGAGUUAGCAAACUUCAUAUCUGAACUGGAGGCGCAGCUAACUUCUCUGACAAAUGAAAAUGAGUCAACUAAGUUACAAAUGGAUGAUUCUAGAUCACUUAUCACAAAUCUUAAGGACAAAGUAGAACAGCAGCAAGCAGAGAUGGAAGCUCAAAAAUUGCACGCAUCAAAGUUGGAGCAUGAGAACAUUGAGCUAUCAAAAUUGAUAUCUGAACUGGAGGCACAGCUGACUUCUAUGACAAGUGAAAAUGAGUCAAAUAAAGAAAUGGAUGACUCUGGAUCACUUAUCACAAAUCUUAAGGAUCAAGUAGAACAGCAGCAAGCAGAGAUGGAAGCUCAAAAAUUGCUUGUAUCAAAGCUGGAGCACGAGAACAUUGAGCUAUCAAAGUUGAUAUCUGAACUGGAAGCACGGCUGACUUCUUUGACGAGUGAAAAUGAGUCAAGUAAACAACUGGAUGAUUCUGGAUCACUUGUCACAAAUCUUAAGGAUCAAGUAGAACAGCAGCAAGCAGAGAUGGAAGCUCAAAAAUUGCUUGUAUCAAAGCUUGAGCACGAGAACAUUGAGCUAUCAAAGUUGAUAUCUGAACUGGAGGCACAGUUGACUUCUCUGACAAGUGAAAAUGAGCCAACUAAACUACAAAUGGAUAAUUCUGGAUCACUUAGCACAAAUAUUAAGGAUAAAGUAGAACAGCAGCAAGCAGAGAUGGAAGCUCAAAAGUUGCAUGUAUCAAAGCUGGCACAUGAGAAUAUUGAGCUAUCAAAGUUGAUAUCUGAACUCGAGGCACAACUUACUUCUCUGACGAGUGAAAAUGAGUCAACUAAGUUACAAAUGGAUGAUUCUGGAUCACUCAUCACAAAUCUUAAGGAUAAAGUAGAACAGCAGCAAGCAGAGAUGGAAGCUCAAAAGUUGCAUCUAUCAAAGCUGGAACAUGAGAAUAUUGAGCUAUCAAAGGUUAUAUCUGAACUGGAGGCACAACUGACUUCUUUGACAAGUGAAAAUGAGUCAACUAAGUUACAAAUGGAUGAUUCUGGAUCACUUGUCAUAAAUCUUAAUUAUAAAGUAGAACAGCAGUAUGCAGAGAUGGAAGCUCAAAAGUUGCAUGUAUCAAAGCUGGAACAUGAGAAUAUUGAGCUGUCAAGGUUCAUAUCUGAACUGGAGGCACAGCUGACCUCUCUGACAAGUGAGAAUGACUCAACUAAGCUACAAAUGGAUAAUUCUAGAUCACUUAUCACAAAUCUUAAGGAUAAAGUAGAGCAGCAGCAUGCAGAGAUGGAAUCUCAAAUGUUGGAACUUAAGCAAAAAUAUUUAGAAUCUCAAAGAAGAUUGUCAGAAGUACAAGAGGAUUCAGAGGCUCUAAGAAGGUCAAACUCAAAAUUACAGGCCACAGCUGAUAGUGUCGUUGAAGAAUGCAAUUCUCUUCAGACUCUGACAGCUGACCUAAAGAUGCAGAAGCUGGAAUUACAUGGCCGUUCUACACAGCUUGAGCAGGAAUUAGAUCAAUCAAAAAGAAAGAUGAUGGAUUUUUGCAAAACAGUGGAGUUCCUGGAGGCAAAACUUUCUUCACUUCAGAAAGAGAUAACUUCAAAAGAACAAUCUUUGCUUGCAGAGCUGGAGAAUAUAUUCCAGGAGCAUAAGGAACACGAAGAAAGGAUAACUCGUGCACAUUUCCUUUUAAACAAGAUUGAGAAUGAAAAGAUUGCUGAAGUGAAGAAUCUUGAGAGGGAGGUCAUGAGCCUUACUGCACAAGUGUCCUCAACAGACGGGGAGCGAGGAAGUGCUGACUUGGAUAGCAUACAUGAGGUCUCCAUCCUGCGAGCAGACAAGGCUAAUCUUGAAGAUGCCAAUGCUCAGAUGAGACAUUAUGAGUCUCAAUUGGAAGACCUUCAUAAGGAGUCUAAAACCAAAAUUAAAGGCAUGGCUGAUUCACUUAAUGCAUCUAAACAGAAUGAGGGAAUGCUGACAACAGAUGUUGAGCAUAUGAGAGGAUUGAUGGAAGCUGCUAGAUCCAAUGAAGAAAGCCUAAGGAAAACUUCAGACGAACUAGAAUUGAGGUACAAAUCCAGUGAUUACGAGAAACAGCAAAUAAUGGAAGAAAUUUGUGGACUAAAAAUCCAGGUCAACAAAAUGACAAGCCUCCAAGAUGAAGUUUUCAAUCUAAAAAGUUCCCUUGAGCAAGCUAAGUUUGAAAAAGGGAAAUUAGAAGAGCACCUGCAGUCAUUGUCUGAAGAAUGUGAAGAGGUAAAGACACAAAAGGCCAUGCUAACAGACAAACUCUCCUAUCUCCAGAGUACUUUGCACGAUGCUGGUGAUGAAAAUCAUAGCAAAUCCAUGCAAGAAAAGCUUAUAAUAAAUCAGGGUAAUGAUGAUGUUGCUAAUGGUAAUGGAAGUACUCCUGUUAAUGAGGAUCCAGACAUUCAAUCAAAGAUACAGUUACUGGAAACUAGACUUGCCGAAGCAUUGGAGGAAAAUAAAUUGUACAGGGCACAACUGCAAAGUCCAACGGAAGAGGGGCAAUCUAGUAACAGAGAUGAAAUGGAUAAUAAUGGUAACAGCAAGAUAGCACAACUGGAGUCAGAGCUAAACGACAUGCAGGAACGGUUACUCACUGUGAGCAUGCAGUAUGCAGAAGUAGAGGCUCAACGGGAAGAAUUAGUGAUGGAGUUAAAAAAUGCAAAUGCAAAGAAGGGACGAUGGUUCUAGAGUGGCGAGGAGCAACCCUGCACCAUAACCAUAAGGUUCAGACCGAAUAGCGCAGGACAGAUGUUGAAAAUGUCGGACCUUACCAGAUUUCGCAGACAAUCAAUGUGUGAAAACUGACCAACUGCAAGCUCGCUGAACUGCACUGUUAGGCAAAAGAAAAGAAGAUUUGGGCCCUGUUUGGAAGAGGGGUAUUGCCCAGUAAAGUAUUGUAAUGAAGCUCUCAAAAAAAUACCUUUAAUACAGGAUCUCAUGGUUCUCACUCAUCAGGUCUCAGUGACGAAGCGAUGACAUGAACGUUGGUCCUUCACACUCGGCAAUUUGGAGACCCUGCUACGCUUGAUUUCAACCUUUUAUUAGUUAUUGCAAGCAUAUGUAGUUUUUCGGGUUAGCCUAAAAUCAUGAGUCCAUAUGACCACAUGCAUCACUCUUCCCUUUACACAGAACCAGCAUAACUGUAAAUUAUGAAUUGCGUAACAGCUGAUAAGCGUAGUUGAUUUUAUUGAAUUGUAUAGCACAUCACAUGAUAUACUUUUGUAGACUAAUGUUCUUUCCUGUGUAUAUAGUGUAUCCACUUAGUCCUUUAA